AUGAAGACCAUCUAUGCGGCCCUUCCGCUGGCCCUCGUGGCGGCGGCCGGCCACACCGACUCCAUGAGAGGCAAUGGCAACAGCAUGGUUGCUCGACACCAUCCAGCCACGGACUUCCUCGGUGAUAAUCCGCACGGCGACUUUGUCGGCGAUACGCAGAAGAAUUAUUUCCUGGGUGGCGGCACAAAGGGAGAUUUCAUCGGCGAUACUCGUAAAGGUGACUUUCUGGGUGGCGGCCCUAAGGGCGACUUUCUAGGAGAUACGGACAGCAAGCACCAUGUCGCGAGAGACGUCCAGCUGCACCGGGACGACGAUUGGGAAUCCAACUACAAUGACAACACGGUGGUGGCGCCUGUGAUCUCAAUUCAAGAGCCACCAUCUCCGCCACCUGUUCAUGAUGGCCAUGACGACAAUGGUAACGAUGGCGAUCACCAUGAUGAUCAUAAUGAUCAUGAGGACCAUCAUGAGGACCAUCAUGAUGACCAUCAUGAUGAUCACCACAACAAGCCGGCGCCAGCACCAAAGCCUACUCCCGAGCCUACGAAGAAGCCUGCUCCUGCUCAUUCACAGCCAUAUGGCCGUAAUGAGCAGCACAAUGAGUACGGCCAGCCUUCUCACCCGGCGCCUGUGCAGUAUGGACGCCCAGAGCCCAAGCCGCAGCCAAGCCCUGACCACAACGAUCAUACCGUUGUGAUCACUGUGACCGAGACUCUGACCCACGUCCAGACUGCCUGCGCUCAACCUUCGACUUAUGGUCACCCUGAACCUCACUCGGAGACUCACCCGGAACCUCAUCCCACGGGCAAGCCUGAACCUCAUCCUCAGCCGUAUCCUGACAACCACCCUGGUCAGCCAGAGCCGCACCCCCAGACUUACCCUCAGCCCAACCCUAACGGACAGCCAGAGGGACCUAAGGGUCAACCUCAGGCCUAUCCUAAGCCGAAUCCUCAGCCCGAAGGACCAAAGGGACAGCCCGAACCACACCCUGGCCAACCUCAGGCUUAUCCUCAGCCGAACCCUCCUCAACCUGAGGGACCAAAGGGACAGCCUCAGACUUAUCCCCAGCCGCCUCACGCUGAGCCGACUACUGCGACUCAACCUGGCCACCCACAGCCAUCUGCGUAUAGCCACAGCCAAUCUCCUGCCACUACUCCCCACGCCCACACCACUUCCGAAGCAACCAAGCCUGCGACGUACGUCGCGCCCAAGCCGCCCACCCACCCGACUACCACCUCGGAGCAGACUCCCAAGUUCACUGGCUUCACGGGCGGUGCUCCGUCGUUGCGCGUCCCUACUGGCACCGGAAUCGCCAUGACCUUUGUCGCAGCGCUGUCCGGCGCGUUGGCCUUCAUCCUGUGA